AUGGCUGCCCCCCGCCCCGCCUCUCCCUUGACCUCGGGCGCCGAGUCUGGCGCAGAAAAGUCCGGCGCCGGCGCCGCUGCCACCGGCUCCUCCGUCAGCCGUCCCUCUUCUCCCUCAACCCCCGGCGGUCCUCGCGCUGCCAUGCGUCGACGCGCUGCCGCCGACCACAAGGAGACUAUCCGCAACGCUCGUCCUAGCUCCACCCGCUCUGCCGGCGCUGGUGGCUCCUCCGGCACCAUGCUCAAGCUCUACACUGACGAGAGCCCCGGUCUCCGUGUCGACCCCGUUGUUGUCCUCGUCCUGAGUCUGGGCUUCAUUUUCUCCGUUGUUGGCCUGCACGUCAUCGCCAAGAUCACCCGCAAGUUCUCUGCUUAA